AUGGCUACGUCUAACUAUCUCCUGUGUGAUGAUGAGCCGGCUUUCCGGAUGACUCGAAUCCGAUCUGCCCAAGCACGGAUCUUGGAUCCGUUUUCGAUAAAAGCCGCCCGAAUACAAACUGUCCGUGUGUCUUGGGCUGAGGUUGUUGCUGGUAUCCACCUGCCAGAUAUUUUCACAGCAGUAUACAGUACUUCUCUAGUACAAUUGGGGAAAAACUACGUGAUUUCGGUAGUUCAAGAUGAAGAUGUGCUCGAUCCCGAAAACUCACACUCUCGGUAA